AUGGCGGCUAGAAGCAGAAUUCAUGAUGCGUUGAUGAAAUUUGGAGGUAUUUCCACUACCACCCGUUUCCUUACUCUUUCAAACACCUGUUUCUCCAACUUCCAUUUACCUUUUCGCAAAUCACUUUUUACUUCACCCCGGCAACGUAGGCCUUCAAUUAAUUGUGCAUAUGGACACCUUAACAACUUGGAUGAUGCUUACGACUCCUUUGAGCAAUUGAUUGUUAAACCCCCUUAUUCAGAUUCAGAGUUUUAUCACUUGUUGGAAGUUGUUACUGAGUGGAAAUACUAUUCUGCCUCCCUGGAUAUGUUCAAUGAAAUGUGUGCUGUUGAUGUUCCUGUUUUCGAACUCACCAUAGAAACCAUCAUCCAGUGCUAUUCUCGAUUGUAUGACACUGAAAAAAUCUUCAUGCUUUUAGGUUUUUGCAUCAAGCGAGAUGAAAAUAAAUUUUCUCUCAUUGAUUAUAGGACAAUAAUUGAAGGAUUCAUCCGUGGGGAAAGUACUCACGGUGCAGAAAAGUUAUUUAAAAAGUUCAUCAAAAACAAACUACUUUUCGAAAGUGAUGCAGAUCGUACCUACCACACGAUGAUUGAAGGGCUUUGCAAGAUCGGAAAUCACUUCACAGCCAUUGCUGUGCUUAGACUAAGGAUUGGAAGAGGUGUUGGGAGUUAUAAUUUGGUUACGUAUAACGCCAUCAUCGAUGGUCUGUGCGAAGACAUGAUGAUAGAUGAUGCUUUCAGAAUCUUUGAAGAAUUGAAAUUUCACGAAGGGACGCGUCCUAAUGUCUUCACAUACAACUCUUUGCUCUAUGCCCUUUCCAUGUCUGGUCGUUGGAAUGAGGUAUGUCGAAUUCUUAAGGAAAUGCACGAUGAAAAAAUCACUAUACAUUCGACAACCUUUAAUAUAUUAAUUAAAGCACUCUGCAAGCAAGGUAAGAUGAAAGAAGCAGAGAUUGUUGAGUUCAUGAAGGUCCAUAUUCUUUGGCUUGGUGACCGUGACAUAAAGGCAUACACUUCACUUAUUGAAGGUUAUUGUUUGAAAGGUGAACUGAACAGAGCAAUGUCAACUCUGGAAUCCAUGUGGCGUGCCAAAGUCAAGCCUACUCUUCGUAUUUAUAACAUUUUACUGGAUAGAUUUACCAGUUUAGAUGACAAAAACUUUUGGUCUUACAAGCGUGACCUUGAUUCCAUUUACGGUAGGAUCGGUUUUAAAAUUGAUGAAAACAGUGUCACUCGUUACAUCUGGCAUAGGGAACGAAUGGGGAAACCUUCUGAUGAAAUGAAAGUGCGGAUGCAGAAUCAUAAAUAUUCCGUUUACAUCUUAUGCUUAAUGGAUCAUUGCGACAAGUAUGAAGUGGACGCUGCAUUGGAUUUGUUCUACUUUAUGGAUGGCAAAGAAGUAAACUCAAAGAUUGAUGUGUACAAUAUUCUCAUUGAUUGUACAAGUAUAUGUGGGAGGUUUGAUAUUUCAAGGAGUCUUUUCCGUGAACUCUUUGUCAAAGGUUUGGAACCUAAUUUAGAUACAUAUGUGUUGAUGAUUAGAGGUUUUUGUGAGCGAGGUCUACUCAAAGAUGCAAAAAAAUUGCAUCUUCAAUUGGAAAAUAGUGGUUUGCAGCCAAAGAGUAUCAUCAAUGGUGCUGAUAUUAUCCAAGAAUAUAUAGAAACCAAGCCCAUUGAUGACACGACGAAGCUAUUUAUUGAAACGAAGAGAAGAGGGUACAGUAAGAGAGUUCACGAGUGCUUCAAGUUUGUCGCCGAGUACUUCAAACCUAUCUGA